GAAAUGAUGCGAAGCCACUCUGCUUCACUGACUUACCGCGAGCUUUUCUUAUCCAAUCAUCUCCUUCGAAAAUAACCUCCCAGCCAAUGAGGUUUUAGUUCCCGUUUCGCGGGUUGACAACCGGACAAGACAACAUGGACGUCGAGAUGGCAGACAGGGAAAGUGACCAGAAGCCGAGUGGAAGCGGGGUAAAGACGGACACCGAGGCCGGGGAGUCCUCGUCGAAAAGCUCCGGGAGUUCCUACGAGCUGCCCUGGGUGGAGAAGUACCGGCCGCUGAAACUGAAUGAGAUAGUUGGGAACGAGGAGACAGUGAGCCGCCUGGAGGUUUUCGCCAGGGAAGGAAACGUCCCGAACAUCAUCAUAGCAGGACCUCCAGGGACAGGGAAGACCACCAGCAUCCUGUGUUUGGCCCGCACUCUGCUGGGGGCCGCCAUGAAGGACGCCGUGUUGGAGCUCAACGCUUCCAACGACAGGGGCAUAGAUGUGGUGAGAAACAAGAUCAAGAUGUUCGCUCAGCAGAAAGUCACGCUGCCCAAAGGUCGACACAAGAUCAUCAUCCUGGAUGAAGCGGACAGCAUGACGGAUGGCGCUCAGCAGGCGCUCAGGAGGAUCAUGGAGAUCUACUCCAAAACUACGCGCUUCGCUCUCGCCUGCAACGCCUCUGACAAGAUCAUCGAGCCGAUCCAGUCGCGCUGCGCCGUGCUACGCUACGCCAAGCUGACAGACGGCCAGGUGCUGGCCCGCCUGCAGGAAGUGGUGGAGCGAGAGGAGCUGGCCGUGUCUGACGACGGGCUGGAGGCCGUCAUCUUCACAGCGCAGGGGGACAUGCGGCAGGCACUGAACAACCUGCAGUCCACCCACUCUGGCUUCGGUUACAUCAACAGCGAGAAUGUGUUCAAAGUGUGCGACGAGCCGCAUCCCUUGCUGGUGAAAAGCAUGCUGGGGCACUGCGUGGCCGGGGACGUGGACGCGGCGUACCGGGUGGUGGAGCAGCUGUGGGCGCUGGGCUACUCCCCCGAGGACAUCAUGGGGAACAUCUUCAGGGUCUGCAAAACCUUCCAGAUGGCCGAGUACCUAAAGCUGGAGUUCAUCAAGGAGAUCGGCUUCACUCACAUGCGGGUGGCUGAAGGAGUGAACUCCCUGCUGCAGAUGGCCGGCCUGCUGGGAAGACUCUGCAGCAAGACGGCGCCCCCUGCUGCCAGCUGAACACCAUGAACCCAACAGACUUCAUUCCUCACCAGAACCACAAUUUGGCUGGAACAAACUGGACCUGAGAGGAUGAUGAUAGUUUCUGACCCCUGGAGGUUCUGAAGGGUUAAAGUUUUCCCACCUUUAGAUAAUAAACUAUAUGAUCUGCAGUCAGGUUUUAUUCAUAAUUAAUUUGCUGUUUUUGAUGGAAGUGGAGGGAAUAAAGUUGGAGGCGGUUCUGAUCCAGCUCUGAUUCAGAGCUCUGUCUGCAUUGGGUGGGUCUGGGUUCUCUGGCUGGCUCUGUCUGACCCAGAACCUGAAAUGAUCCCGCUCCACAUUCUGCUUCAGUCUGGAGUCGGAUGGGACCGGAUUGAGGCUGGAUCAGGGCCCGUACGGAGCUAAACUGGAGCCAAAACGUUCCUUAAAUGUCUCUGGGGUGGCGCAGGGGCAAAGUGUGAUACAUGUAUGAAGGCAUUGAUCACACAGUUGUCAAUUUGUGUGUGAUCAGAAAUGGCCAAAAAAACCUGAAGAUGCAAAGAAAUUUUUAUCUGAAGAAAAAAAUUCAAAACUUCUUUUCAGGUUAAAGUUGUAUUUUCUAGUCAUUUUUUUCCAGUUUCAAUACUUUUCAUUUUUUUAAAUUAUAGUUUUUUUCAAUUUCAUAAGGUUUUAACCGAGUAAAGUUUUGGCCC